CCCUGAUUCCAUCUGAUCGCGAUGGCAACCGGAGCGGCAGGAAUCGGAGCAUGGACGAAGAAGCUGGCGGAGAAGACGCCGACACCAGGAGGAGGAGCAGCAGCUGCUGUCUGUGGAGCGAUCGGUGCGGCGGCAGGGGCCAUGGCGGCCAUAUACACCACUAGGAAGAAGGACGAGGAGACGGGAGUGGCGGAGAAAGCCCGUGCGCUGUCCGAGUCUCUCAAGCAGACUUCACAGAAGUGUAUGGAGAUCGCAGACGAGGACGAGGAGGCGUAUGCCGCGCUGCAGGCCAGCUGGAAAGACAGCAGUAUGACGGCAGAGCAGAAGGCCAAGGUGGAGGCGACGGCUCUGGACGUGCCUGUCCGUCUCCUCAAGCUCUGCCAUGCCGAGGCCCUCAAGGUGCACGAGUUCAUCCCCUCGUGCAACCCCAACAUCGUCUCGGACGCCAAGGUUGCGAUCCACCUCAUGGCUGGGGCAGGUCGUGCUGCCUACCAGACUGUCCUCGUCAACAAUCCUCCCGAUGCUGUCAAGGCGGAGCUGCAACCUCUCCUGCAGGACUUGAAAUCUUUCGAAGAGGCUCUACUGUGAUCUCGCUGCGACGCUACCCUGAUCUCCUUGAGUACACUUCCAGUCUCCUUGG